AGCACAGCGCAACCCAUGCAACAUGCUGUUAAUAAGCCUACCAUUUCUAGUGCAUUAUGUGGUAACGAAACCAACUCGCCGAAAUACGGAUGCUGAUACUGAGUAUCACAGACAUUGAUCUUGAUUCCCCCUGCACUGAGGGACUUCAGUCUGCUGAAAGUGAUGAAUAACUCUUGAGCCGAGGAUUGUCAUUGUUCUUUUCCUUGGCCUGGCUGUACAAGCUAUUGCUAGAGAUUGGAGCUUGGGAAAUUGAAACUUCAAGGAGACUGAUCAGCUUACCAUACAUAAUGUCAAAAGCAAGGUACCCGAUUUAUCUCCUAGGCAACCCACAGAACAGGGUUUUCUUUACAGAUUUCUGUUUGAAGCUGGUGAAGAAUAAGAAGCCUCAACCGCCCAACGUUGUUACAUUUGAAUGUGACCCCCAGAUGACUAAGUUUGACGUCAAGAACUACCUGGAGAAUGUUUAUAAGGUUCCCGUGGCCAGGGUGAACACCAGUGUGAUCUACGUACCGUUCAAGAGGAACCAUAAAAACCAGAGGGUCAAACUCAAAGAGGACUACAAGCUUGCUUACGUCACAUUGGCUGAGGGCCAGACAUUUGAGUUCCCUGACCUCUUCCCAGAUACCGAGGAGAAGAAGAACGAAGAAAUGGCGGAUGAAUUGAAGGAGAAGGAGGAGAAGGUUUCUAAAAGAUUUGUAUCGAGGGGAGGAGUACCUAGCUGGUUUGGCUUAUGAUAGAUAGAACGAGUGACGAUAGAACAAUAUACAAUGAAACCUGUCUAUAAAGACCGUUCCUUUAGUACAUGUUUCAAUGAAAAACAAUUUUCAAGGGAAACAAAAAAUGUGGUCCUUAUAGACAGGUGGUCUUUGUAGACAGGAAAGAGUUGUGAUUGACAGAACGAAUGAGGAUAGACGAAGCGAGUGAUCUCAUCAUGAAGGGCAGACGUUUGGUCGACAGUGGUUCUGCAGCAAUUGGAUAUUUUUGGCCGUCAGUGGGAAGACAGUUCCUUUGAUAAAGACCGUCUCCAAGCUGAGGAUUGGCAAAGCAACUGUAGCGGAUAGUGUUGCCAUGAUGUUCAAUCCAUUUGCUGUCAUUGUUAUGAAUACGAGAAUGUUUGGGAGAUUGCUACAAACUUUAUUUACUCGGACAGAAUUGAAGAUUAUGAUCCUAUUCAGACUGUCAUAAAAGCUAUACUGAUCUGUCAUUUUUAAUAAAGAGAAGUGGAGAGAUCUGAGAAGAA